GCUCAGUUCUCAGUUGACAAUCGAACGUAGCGAAAUGCAAAAGCAGCUGAAGCGGAACUUUUGGUUGCUACUCUUGAUGGUGACCUUCGUGAGUGGCAAUUCGAGUGGAGAAUCGCAUGUUCGAGUGAAACGCAUAGUGGGUGGCAAGCAAUCGAAGGCUCCGCCAGUCGAUGAUCCUGUGAUUUUCGCCCGUCUCUUCAAUCGCGAUGCUCGAGUGGAGGGUAUUCGAAAUCCCAAUACCGGAAUAUAUAGUUUCCUGGGAAUGCACUAUGCUGAACCUCCAUUGGGACCUUUGAGAUACUCCAGACCGGUGUACAAAAGAUUGGGUGGUGACUUCAAUGCCACAAAACAUGGACCACCUUGUAUACAACCGCAUCCGCAGUUUCCACAGCGAAUUAUUGGCGAUGAGGACUGUUUGCUACUGAAUGUCUAUACGCCACAAAUGCCGGAUGAAAGUACGGGGCUUCCGGUUUUCGUUUGGAUCCAUCCGGGUGGCUAUCGAUAUGGAUCGGCUAACCAGUACGAUGCCACGCCCAUGGCCCAAAGGGGCGCCAUUGUGGUGGCCCCACAAUACCGACUGGGUUCGCUGGGCAUCAUGGGCGAUGGCACCAAGCAGUUCGAUGGAAAUCUGGCCAUGUUUGACCUGGCCGCUGCCCUCCGCUGGGUCACCGAUUACAUCCAGUACUUCGGAGGCAACCCCAAACAGGUUCAGGCCAUUGGUCACGGAUCGGGAGCAGCCAGUGCCAUGUAUCUUUCCAUGUCCCAGACGGCCAAGAGUGCCGGCGAUGUCCACGGAGUGGUGGCCAUGUCGGGAACAGCCCUUUCUCAAUAUGCCAUGGACAAGGAACCCGUUCAGAGUGUCCAGGAGGUGGCCAAAAUCAAUGGCUGUCCCACGGGAAAUGAACUCGAGAUCGUCAACUGCAUGAGGGGGAAAAGUGCCGAGGAGAUCAUCAAGAACGAUGAUAAAGUGCAAACUGAGCGUUUAGCAGGACGUGCUUUGGUCAAAGGACUGACUGGAAAUGUGGGUUUCCAGCCGCACAUCGAAAGCGAGGAUGAUGGCAGAGCCCUGCCCAGUUUGAUAGUUGGAGAACCUGAGCAGCAGCUCAAAAGUAGCAAUUUCUCGGGAAUUCCCCUGCUAACUGGAGUUGCCAAACACGAGACGGCCAACUCUGUGACGGUGGAAAAUAUAGAAAAGGUCUUUGGAUCGGCGGAAAAGUUCUUGGGAUCCCUCAGUGAUUCGCUGAACAAGUUAACUGCCUUCCUGAAAAUCGAUAAGUUAACAGGGCAGAUUGCAAAACCGGAACUACCAGGCUUAACGAGUGUAUUAACUCCCACGCUUCAGGAUGUGUGGAAAGUUCCCCAGGCGCUAAAUGUGGAUCAAGUUCUGUCCAAAGUAGUGGAGUCCACAACUGAUGUUCUAUUCAAUUUACCAGCUGUUCUGACCACCCAAGUUUGGUCUAAAAUAGCUCCAGCUUUUAUGUACAGCUUCGAGUAUAAUGGCACCAAAUCGAAGGGUAUCAAUUUUCUGAGAGGUCUACCAAUUGUCUCAGAAACAGCUAACGAUAAGCCAGAAACAGUGGGUCAUGGCGAUGAGAUUGGCUAUAUGUUUGAUGCAAAUGAUAUUUUCGGUAAUCCCUUGGAGGAAACACGAUUGACAGAUGCCGAGCAUAUUAAAGUUCGCAAUAACCUCAUCGAUCUUUUGGUAAAAUUCGCCAAUAGAGACAAAGCCGAGGGUAGCAAAGGUUCAUCACUUUUCCAGAGUGUCACUGGCAAAGCCACGCCUUUCAUUAAGAUCGAUACCAAGCUGGAGACCUCCAAUGACUUCCGCUUCUGUGAAUUGUCCGUUUUGGGUGCCUCAUUGUCUCCGCUGAGUUCUACCAGUUGUGCGGGACUGGGUAAUCUUCUGGGGCAACUGGGCGGAGGAUUGGGCCAGACUUUGGGCGGAGUGGGCAACACCCUGGGAUUGGGGAACCUUGGCGGAGGAGGAGGAGGUGGUAGUCCCGGCAGGAAGCCAGGUCUCGGACUGGGGAUCUUGUAGGAAUUGUGUUUAUAUUGUGAAUUAAACCAAACAACUGGAAUAUUAAAUAAAUAAAAGAUUAUUAAAAAAACAAGAA